CAGGAGUGGGACAUGGACACGAGGCGGCCGGUGCCUUUCCAGUUCCCACCCUUCCCGGACCGGGCCCCUGUCUUCCCUGACCGCAUGAUGCGAGAGCCCCAGCUGCCCACGGCUGAGAUUUCCCUCUGGACCGUGGUGGCCGCCAUCCAGGCUGUGGAGAGAAAGGUGGACGCCCAAGCCAGCCAGCUGCUGACUCUGGAGGGGCGCACGGGGACGGCCGAGAAGAAGCUGGCCGACUGCGAGAAGACGGCCGUGGAGUUCGGGAACCACAUGGAGAGCAAGUGGGCCGUGCUGGGCACGCUGCUGCAGGAGUACGGGCUGCUGCAGCGGCGGCUGGAGAACAUGGAGAACCUGCUGCGCAACAGGAACUUUUGGGUCCUGCGGCUGCCCCCGGGCAGCAAGGGCGAGGUGCCCAAGGUACCUGUGACCUUCGUGGACAUCGCCGUCUACUUCUCGGAGGACGAGUGGAAGGGCCUGGAUGGAUGGCAGAAGGAACUAUACAACAACCUGGUCAAGGAGAACUACAGAACCCUGAUGUCCCUGGAUGCAGAGAACCCAGCACCCAAGCCAGAUGCGCCGCCCCAGGUGGAGCCAAGGGAAGAGCCGUGUGUGUGGGAGCAGCGUAACCCCGAAGAGAGAGACAUCCCAAUGGGCCCAGACACAGGAGCAGAGCCCCUGCUGCCCACACAGGAUGCAUCCUCUCAGGUGAAGCGUGAAGAAGCCCUGGGUGUCCGGGGCCACCGAGGUGUGGAGGAGAGGGAGCUCCCCACAGAGCCCAUCACCGACUCCCCGAUCUCCGCCCAGGAACUGCUGUCCCGGAUCAAGCAGGAAGAACACCAGUGUGUGUGGGACCAGCAGGAUUUGGUGGAGAGAGAUAUCCCGACAGACCCCAACUCGGAGUCCCUAUUGUCAGCACACGACAUCCUAUCAUGGAUCAAGCAGGAGGAGCAGCCGUUCCCCUGGGGCCCACGAGACUCUGUGGAUGGGGAGCUGGGCUUAGACGCUGGUCCUGGUGAGUGAUGCCCCCUGGGGGUCCUGGGUGUUAGAGAAUGAAUAGCUGAGAGUAAAAUCAGCCAAUCACAUGCUGCAGAAUUCUAUACGUAGUACUUGUUGCUAAUGAUUAAGCUAAGUGUGGUUUCUUAUUCAUAUGAUACCUGUAUACCUGUAUUCUACUGUCUUCUUGGUUUCUGAUGAGAAAUCAGCUGUUAAUCUUAUGAGAA